AUGGGAAAGAAGGGGUGUUACAACUGUGGUCAGGAGGGACAUCCUUACUUUAAGUGCCCUAGUCCCGUGAGGACGUGUUUCAAUUGUUUCACUCCCGGUCAUGUAAAAGCAGACUGUCCAAAGCUUAAACAACAAGGGCAGAAGGAUGAAAAGAAGAAUGAGAAUCAGAAGGCUCGGGGAAGAAUGUUUCAGAUCACUACCGAGGAAGCCAAGGCCUCACCGAAUGUCGUGUCAGGUAUUUUCUUAAUCAACCAAAUACCCAUGAAUGUGUUAUUCGAUUCUGGUGCUAGCAAAUCUUUCGUGUCAGACGAACUUAUGUGUUACCCCUCUUUUAGAAAGGAACGAAUGCCUGUACCCUUAGAAGUAGAAGUAGCGGAUAGUAAAAGUUAUUUGUUAUGUGAAAUUUGUAAGAAUUGCAAGAUAACCAUAGAAAACGAAGAAUUUGAAAUAGAUCUCAUUCCUAUGACUUUGGGGGAAUUCAAGGUGGUAGUAGGGAUGGAUUGGUUAUCCCGCUAUCACGCGGAAAUUCGAUGCGAGGCGAAAGUCAUUCAUGUAUUCUCACCUAGUGGGGCUCGAAUAAACAUUUGUGGGGAAAGAAAGUUAGAGACAAAACUGUGCACGAUUGUCGAGGCGGUGAAGCAUGCAAGGAAUGAGGGUAAGGUUUACUUGGCUUAUGUAGUGGAUACAAGACAGAAGGUGCCUGAAAUUGGAGAAGUAGAAGUGGUGAAUGAAUAUGCGGAUGUGUUUCCGGAUGAAUUACCGGGAUUGCCACCUGAGCGAGAGGUGGAAUUCCGAAUCGAAUUAAACCCGGGUGCCAAGCCAGUGGCUAAAGCUCCUUAUAGAUUAGCUCCCACUGAGAUGCGAGAGCUAAUGACACAGAUACAGGAAUUACUCGAUAAGGAUAAGUCUGUUAUAGUGUUUAUAGAUGAUAUCCUUGUGUACUCUCGUAGUAGAGCCGAACAUGCAAAUCAUUUGCGUGAAGUGUUAGAGAUUCUUCGGAAAGAGAAGUUAUAUGCUAAGUUUUCCAAAUGUGCCUUCUGGCUUAGAGAGGUGCAAUUUCUUGGCCACGUCAUUAAUAAAGAUGGUGUCUUGGUAGACCCAACUAAAGUAGAGGUUGUUGUGAACUGGGUUCCUCCUAAGAACCCGAGUGAAGUGAGAAGUUUUCUGGGUUUGGCUGGGUAUUACCGAAGGUUUAUACAAGACUUUUCCAAAAUAUCGUUACCUUUAACCAGACUAACCAAAAAGAAUGAGAAGUUUGUGUGGGGAGUUGAGCAAGAAAGGGCAUUCCAAACCUUGAAGAGUAAGCUGUCUGACGCCCCAAUUCUAACCCUACCCGAGGGUUCAGAAGAUUUGGUAGUAUACACUGAUGCUUCACAUCAGGGCUUGGGGGCUGUUUUAAUGCAACGGGGUAAAGUGAUAGCAUAUGCUUCAAGGCAGCUUAAACCACAUGAAAGUAACUACCCAACACACGAUUUAGAGUUGGCUGCGGUAGUAUUCGCGUUGAAACUGUGGUGA